AUAAAGUUAAGUGAAAUGCUGACAUGUGAUUUUAGGUUUAAUUCCUUUACUGUUUUUCUUCUAGAACAAAUUCUGUACAACAUAAAACAGGAGUACAAACGCAUGCAGAAGAGGAGACACUUAGAAAAUAGUUUCCAGCAGACAGAUCCUUGUUGUUCUACUGAUGCACAGCCACAUGCAUUUCUUCUUACUGGACCAGCUUUGCCAGGUACUUCAUCUGCAGCAUCAUCACCAUUGAAAAAAGAACAGCCUCUGUUUACUCUCAGACAAGUUGGAAUGAUCUGUGAACGUUUGCUGAAAGAACGUGAAGAGAAAAUCCGUGAAGAGUAUGAAGAAAUUUUGACCACAAAACUUGCAGAACAAUACGACGCGUUUGUGAAGUUCACGCAUGAUCAAAUCAUGCGACGAUAUGGAGAACAGCCUGCCAGUUACGUUUCAUGAAUCACAUUUUCUGCAUAUGUGGGCUGCCCUAUCCACCCCGUUUUAUUGUUGCAAGCUGUCCCAGUAAUGACUUGCAGCAAUGCCAUAUUUUUUCCCCCUGUGAACACAGGUUAUUUCAAGCUUUUGUCAGUGGCAACCACUCUUAUGCAGCAACUGGUUUUGGAGUGCUCCCUGAUGUCAGUACCACCUGGAUGUGGACCUUUGCUACCUGUAAUAAUACCAGUGGCCUCAUUUGCUGUAUCAUUACAAUUUGGCUUCUUAUGUUAAUAAGUUUGAAAAAGUAAAGGAUUAAAGCUGAUGUUCUAGAAGUUGCCCUUCACUGGUUGUGUAAAUAAAAAUGUAGAAUGACACUUCUGACUGAAGUUAGUGUGGUUUUCAUAACUGUGCACUACAACAAAGCUGUAAUCACAGUUAAAUUAGAAUGUAAUCCCAGGACAAUUUUAAGCAAAUAGCCCACAGUACUGCCUGUGAAAUAGUGAAGGAGGGCAUUUCUGUAUUCCAUGACUUUUUGGGGGUUAAGAAUGGGUUUAUAUGAUUUCUCAUUUUUGUAGUUUUUAUUUAUUCUCUCAGUCUUUAACAAAUGUUUAUUGCUGCAAUUUUUCAGUGUAUCAUUGUUUUACUGCCCUUGUAGUACUGGAAUUUAGUUGGAAGAAUAAAACAUUUACUUCUAA